AUGACAUCUAGAAGAGCCAAAGAGAAACGCUUCGUAGCGCCUCCGGAAGUGGACAAUGUUACAGAGACUGGAACCGAAGCUAAUAUCCUAGACGAUCGUAGAUGGAAGCGCAGGAGAAGAAAUGCCAAUGUCUACGACGCGGUAGCAGGUCGAGUUACCACUACUCUCCCUUUAGACGAUGGAUCCGAGUCCGAGAUACCCUCUCAUCACUCUCGGACUUCGCGAGACCACCGUCGCGAUCCUACACUCGCGCCAGAAGAAGUCCUAUUUCGCCGCAUCCGCGCACCCGUGCGCUAUGCCGAAAAGGAUAUAUAUCACGCCCACGAGGAAUUGCGGGACGGUGGCAGAGGCACACUACCCGAGAGUGAUAUGCUCAAAGCAGUCCAUAGCUACUCUAGCCACUUCUACGCGGCACUUGCCACGACCCGGGGUGAAACCGACACUCGAAAUAUCGACGAGCAGAGUAUGGACGAAACUGCACUCUUAGCUUUUGGCAUAUUACUCGAGGAGGCGAGCCGGAACACUCUCGGUAAAACGGGAGACCUGGUGUUUACCGAGGGUGUGGCAGCGAGGCAAGACGGAGAACCGGGGGAUAAUGAUGAUGAUGAAACUGUGGGCUUUAAGGCUUCAAUAAUGGGGCGAUGA